AUGGUGAUACUACGCCUUUUUCCCGAAGCUUCACUUGGUGGCAAGUCUGAUCGCAAUGCAAGGUCCACGCCGACUCCUCCAACUUCGCAACCGGCUAACACAGCCAACACCGCCUCCCUGCUCUGGCACGCCUACCACGCUCUCCCCUCUCCCAGCAACCAAGUCAACUGGGCUGGGUUCUACGUCCUCGAUGCCUCCACGCCCUCCCAACUCAUCCUCGGACCCUUUCACGGAAAAGUUGCCUGCCAGACUAUAAGAUUCGGCAAAGGUGUCUGCGGUGCCGCCGCUGCUCAGCAGAAAACGCAGCUGGUUCCGGAUGUGGAGAAAUUCCCGGGUCAUAUUGCGUGUGAUUCUGAGAGCAGAAGUGAGGUUGUUGUGCCGGUCGUGAAAGGGGGAAAGACCGUGGCAAUAAUCGAUAUCGAUUGUGCGGUGGAGAAUGGGUUCGAGGAGGAGGAUCAGAGGAAGUUGGAAGAGUUGGCGGAGAUUUUGAGUGAGGCUUGCGACUGGUGA